GGCCGAUAGAGCCUUGAAUUCUGCCGUGAAGAAAUAUUCUACAACCGAUGCGGGUACUGCCUAAUGCAGCUUGAUGCUAUGACCUCACGCUCACUGUGGGUGACGACGAUAUAUCCAACUUCUGAUCUUGCACGGGUCUGUGUCUCUCUGGAUCCGUUCUCACUUUAGCUUGUCUGCCGCUGUUGAAUGACAAGGAACACAUAAAAACACGACUGCAACAUGACCACUUCAGCAUCAUCCUCACUGAGUUUGACUGGUACGAUUAUCUGGAGGUAACUUCAUCCUGAAUCGACAUUGAGAUACCGGAAAUCGUUAUCGCCAUAGCGCAUUCUGCUAGCUAAGAAGACAUCUUCUCUCUGGCCUGGCAAAAGCAUCAACAAGGGUUUAUUAGCUUUUAAGCAUAUCCUCUGGAACGACAAUUCUGUUACUGGAUCCACACCGAGCUACCAUUGAACCUUUUAUAUCGAUAAGGUUCUUUUGUUUCAAACAACAUAUAACUGUCACUUAUCAAACAAGCCCAAAAUGGACAAAAAGGACGACGAAAUAGUCGACCUGCGCGCCCGCGUUCAGGCGGCCAACAAGCCAGUCAUGCGCGUGAACCGCGACGAGCUCCUAGCGAGCGGAGGGCUCUUCGCCGAGCGCAUCCCAUCCUUCCUCGCCGAGAUCGAAAAGGCCAACCGCGCCGCUCAGCAGGGUUCAUCGACGCCCGCCGCCACGGACGCAUCUUCCUCUUCCGGGUUCGAACUGGGCGAGAACGAGGCCAAGAACCAGGUCCACGUCGAGAUGGACAUUGUCGCCGGCAUCCUCGAAGAGAAGCAGCCCGUCACCCACACCCGCCCGCCAGGGGCCGAGGAUGGCAGCGACGAUGAGGACGACGACGAGUUCAAGCUCGCCAUGCCGCCUGCAGGGACCGUCACUGGCGCCGGGGAUGGUAGGAAGCCUCUAAAGAUUCGGUCGGCUCGCUCCAGCGUAUCAUCUGAGGACUCGUCGAGUUCUGAUUCAAGCUCGAGUGGCGGCUCCCCAGGCAGGAUAGCGCGCAUCAUCCUUGAGACGCCCAUGUCCCGCGCCGCGCCUGACGCCGCCGGACGCGCAGAUUCGGCCAGCAGCACUACUAGCAGCAGCGGAUCUAGUACGAGCGGUGGAAGCCGAGACGCUGUAGGUGAGGACAGCGCACAGGCCUUGUCUCCGUCUCCCAAGAACACGCUUGAAGCCCGCAAACGAACGCAGUCACCAACCGGGGCGUCGCCUGUAGUGGACAGGAUUUUGGGCCCGUCAGCACCAGCCGCUGUUGAGGAUCCUCCCAAGAAGAAGAAAAGGACCAAGAAGCUCAUCGAGGAGGUGGAGUAAUGAGCGAGGACACCACCGCAUGAUCUAAACGAGCAUCGCAUGGGAACGCAGAACGCACCCAUUGAAGAUCUAUAUAUUAUACGUCCGCAACCGGCAACCAGUCUCGGAAUGGGAUGCUAGGGCUUUUGUACACUACCAUAGAGGAUGAUGGCCGCGGUGGUGAUGUUUACUUGUGCACCUGGAUAUAGACACAUCUAGAUGCCAUGAUCUUUUCCAACCCACCAUCCCACUCUUCUACCCAUAACUGUCUCUCGCCUUUCUCAAUUUGGCACAACAUGUACCAAUAUUUCUGGAAUCACGUUUAAGUGUCGCACUUUGUUACUCCUGAUUCACAUUCCCGGAGGCGACUGGCCUUUCAGCUCUUGUGAAGUAUAUUGGCUUUGCGGGUAGUUCUAUGUAAACUCUAGUCUACUCAGCCAACAACUUGGUCAAUCCGUGCAGUCCUGGUCGGAUACUGCAUAUUCAUAGUCUAUAGAAGAAUUACAAUCGCAAGCAUCAACAUAAACUGACAGACAGA